GCAUGUUAGGAAAAGAAAAGGCUAUAGAUUGGGAACUUGGAUAUGCAAUGACCAUUCAUACCAGAUAUAUGAAUCAAGAUAAGAAAAAAGGUCGUGAAUUUAACUUAUCUGUUGAUUAUAUUCUUGUAUUAAAAGAUUUGCAAAAAAAUAAAUGUGAAUUAUGCCUCAAUGAAAUGUUGUGGGAAUGGGAUGAAGCUGGAAAUUCUGAUCAAUAA